GUCCGCCCUUGAAGCUGUAGCCAUCACCAUCGGUGAGACAUCGACAAGCUCCAUCCUAAUCGUAGUUGUAUCGGAUUAUUACCCAUCAUGAAGUUGACGAUAAAGACGCUCCAGCAGAAGAUGUUCCAGCUCGACGCUGAGGGGUCAGAAACCAUCGCAGAUUUGAAGCAGAAGAUAUCAAAUGCACAGGGUCAUUCUGUAGAGAGCCAGAAGCUCAUAUUUUCCGGCAAGAUUCUUUCGGACGACAAGACAGUUGAAUCGUGCGAGAUCAAGGAAAAGGACUUUUUGGUAUUGAUGGUAUCAAAGUCUAAACCUACACCAGCUCAACCUCCCGCGGCGACUGCCUCAACGUCGACGCCACAGCCAGUGAACGCUGCACCCGCCCCUGCACCAGUAGCACCUCAGAUUUCAGCGCCAGCGCCAGUUCCUUCAGCGCCAGCACCUGUUGCCCCUUCUACUGCCCCCGCACCGGGACCUGUAACAGCUGACGGCAGCUUUUUGACUGGAGAAGCGCUCCAGUCGACAAUCAAUAAUAUGAUUGAGAUGGGCUUCGAACGCGAACAAGUCAUUCGCGCGCUGAGAGCCAGUUUUAAUAACCCUGAUCGUGCCGUCGAAUACUUGAUGACGGGCAUCCCUGCGCAUCUCAUGCACGAGGCAGCAGGUCCUGCUGCACAACCAGCACAGACGGGGAGUGCUGCAGCUGCAGCUCCCGCCGCACCCACUCCCGCCGCACUUGCGGCCCAACCGGUCCCAGUUGCCCCAGCUGGCCAACCCCAGAAUUUGUUCCAACUUGCGCAACAACAGCAACAACAGCCUGGUGGCAGAGGUACAGCAGCGACUGGUGCGGGAGUUGGAGCUGGCGAUAUUGAUAUUGAGGCUCUCCGAAACCACCCCCAGUUUCAGCAAUUGCGCCAGCUGGUCCAGACUAAUCCAAAUCUCCUCGCCCCAUUGGUUCAGCAAAUUAUGGAGCAAAAUCCCCACCUUGGACAGCUAUUUGAGAGCCACCCUGAAGCUUUGAUGCAAUUGCUCAAUGGGCCUGACGAUGAAGGCGAUGGUGCUAUACCACCUGGCACGCAGGUAAUACAUGUUACGCCGGAGGAGCAGGCUGCGAUUGGUCGGUUGGAGGCUUUAGGGUUCUCGCGUCAGAAAGCUGCCGAGGCAUAUUUGGCGUGCGAUAAGAACGAGGAACUCGCAGCCAACUAUCUGUUUGAGACCGGGUUUGAUGACGAGGAGGAUCAAUGAUGGUCUCUGUGCGUUUGAGGAGUUCUUUGCAUUGUUAUAAUUCAUGUACUCGAGGGCGACUCAAGCUACCUAAGUAAGUUACGACUGGAUGGACGCAUGUAAGACCCUGCAUCAAAAUGAAAAACACUAUAUGAUGAGGUCUAGAUUCAGCUGGUUGACUAGCGAGAGAUUUGAUUUGUUCGGGCCCCGGGGUGAU